CCAACAAGCAGAUUCAGCUUCAGCUUCUCCUUUGUGGAACUACUGAGGACCAGCCAGCGCAACCAUGAUGGGCAAGGUCACCUUCUACGAGGAAAGGAACUUCCAGGGUCGCUCUUAUGAGUGUAUGAGUGACUGUGCUGACUUUUCCUCUUACAUGAGCCGCUGCUACUCUUGCCGUGUGGAGAGCGGAUGUUGGAUGAUGUACGAUCGUACCAACUACAUGGGAAAUCAGUAUUUCUUCAGAAGGGGAGACUAUGCUGAUUAUAUGUCUAUGUUUGGAAUGAGUGAAUGCAUCAGGUCCUGCCGUAUGAUCCCCAUGUACAGGGGAUCCUACAGAAUGAGGAUCUACGAGAGAGAGAACUUCAUGGGUCAGAUGUACGAGAUGAUGGAUGACUGUGACAGCAUCAUGGACCGUUACCGCAUGUCUCACUGCCAGUCCUGUCAUAUUAUGGACGGCCACUGGCUCUUCUAUGAACAGCCCCACUACAGAGGCAGGAUGUGGUACUUCAGGCCUGGAGAGUACAGGAGCUUCAGCAAUAUGGGUGGCAUGAGAUUCAUGAGCAUGAGGCGUAUCAUGGACUCCUGGUACUAGAGUUCUAGUAUUUCAAUAAAAUAAUUUCUCUACAAAAGCAAAUUGUGUUGGUAA